AUGAGCAGCACCACCGCCGACACCUACCCGGAGGGCGUCGGCUCCUGCUGCCCUCCAACCCCUCCCACUUCCCCUCCCCCUCAUCCGAAGCCGGCGGCGGCCCUCCGCGGCGCUCCGGUGAGGCGGCAGCUGGACUUCGCGGACGCCGACGCCGGUGGCGACCUGGACGACUACGACGACUUCAUCAUCCGCGAAGUGGAUGACAUUGAUCAGGGCUAUAACGAGGCCAAGCGACGUGCCCCGCCGUGCGUCUGCGGGCGCGGCGAUUGCGCGGUGCAGAGGGACAACAAGCGCGGCCGGUGGAUGUACGUCUGCUCAUCGCAACCGAAGUGCAAACAUGUUGCCAUGUGUGAGGAAGUUGAUCAGAAUCCACAAUCACCGCCUGCUGUUAGGAGUGAUCCUAAACCAAGCAAUCCUUGUGUGUUCAGCAUUCCAAGGACUCCCGUGGAUGAUGCUAGAACACGAAUUAAUAAUGUUAAUCCCCAAGGUGCUGGUGCUACAACUCCAGUUAAUGUCAGUCCCCAGGCUGCUGUUGCUAGAACUCCAUUUAAUGACACAAAAGGUGUUGGCGCUACGACUCCAGUUCAUGUUAGUCCACAAGGUGCAGGCACUACAGCAGCAGUUAAAGCUAGUCCCCGAUGGCAUAGAUAUAAUGAUGGACAGCUAAUCUGCCAAUGUACAGCAGGGAAGUGCAAAAGAUUGAGAGUGGGCAACGAAGACUGCUAUGUUUGUCCUAUACCCAAGGGACAAGGUGCAUGCAGUUUCAAGGUGCCAGUAACAGAUGUUGUUAAAGGACCACCACAGGUUGGGGACUACAAUACAAUGGAAGCCCAUGGGAACACUGCAGUUGGAGUCGGAGACAACAAUGGUAAUGAAUCAGCCAAUCCUGCUCAACCUAAUGACGAUGAGUGGCCAAUCCCAUUUGACGUCAUCAACAAUGAAAUCGUGCUCACAGGUCAGGCAACGCCCCGUGCUGUAGUCCACCAGAAUUCACCAGGCACGCCGCGCCAGCCGACUGCCAUGGCGAAAACACCCGUGACCUCGCCCAUGACGCCUUUUGGUAGCCGCAGCCCCAUGACCGGGCGCCCCUGCUACGGAUGCGGUGAGGAAGGGCAUUGGAUCACUGCCUGCCCUAAACGAUCUUGCCGCAGCCCCAUGACCGGGCGCCCCUGCUAUGGAUGCGGUGAGGAAGGGCAUUGGAUCAGUGCCUGCCCUAAACGAUCUUGCCGCAGCCCCAUGACCGGGCGCCCCUGCUACGGAUGCGGUGAGGAAGGGCAUUGGAUCAGUGCCUGCCCUAAACGAUCUUGCCGCAGCCCCAUGACCGGGCGCCCCUGCUACAGAUGCGGUGAGGAAGGGCAUUGGAUCAGUGCCUGCCCUAAACAUUGGAUCAGUGCCUGCCCUAAACGAUCUUGCCGCAGCCCCAUGACCGGGCGCCCCUGCUACGGAUGCGGUGAGGAAGGGCAUUGGAUCAGUGCCUGCCCUAAACGAUCUUGCCGCAGCCCCAUGACCGGGCGCCCCUGCUACAGAUGCGGUGAGGAAGGGCAUUGGAUCAGUGCCUGCCCUAAACGAUCUUCCUGA